UUUUUUUUUCCAGUUGAAGGGUUGGGUCAGAAGGAAAGAUUUAAGCGGAAAGAAAGAGGAAGCAGAGCGAACUUCAGACACGAGUUGGGCGAGAUUAUCAUCCUCCUUUUAACUGCAGCCUGCCCGCCUGCCCGACCGCCCGCCUGCCUGCCUGCCCGCCCUUGUAGAUUACAGAAAGGCUUUGCCGUGCUGUAAAAGAGGAAUCUCCUUUGGCAUUUGAUGAUAUAAGGGGAAAAUUCUAGUCUCAACAAGAUAAUUGGGUAACAACAACAACACAAAUCUACAAACAUGUUUCAAGGGAUUCGGGAGCUUGGCUCACAUGCCAUGGAUAUCUACGACUACCUCGUGGCAGGAACUGAUCCACGGCUGAAGGAUUAUCCACUUAUGCAGAGUCCUAUUCCCAUGUCCAUAAUAUUGCUGUGCUAUCUGCUCUUUGUACUGUACAUCGGACCUCGAAUAAUGGCCAAUCGCAAGCCUUUCCAGCUAAAAGAAGCCAUGAUAGUCUACAAUUUCACGCUAGUGGCACUGUCGGUAUACAUCGUCUACGAAUUCUUGAUGUCUGGGUGGGCCACAACGUAUACCUGGCGAUGCGAUGCAAUUGAUACGUCUGAAAGUCCUCAAGCAUUACGAAUGGUCCAAGUGGCCUGGCUGUUCUGGUUCUCCAAGAUUGUUGAACUCAUGGAUACAAUCUUCUUCGUGCUGAGGAAAAAACAUGGACAGAUCACCUUCCUACACAUCUUCCACCACUCCUUCAUGCCCUGGACCUGGUGGUGGGGAGUUUCCUAUGCCCCUGGUGGAAUGGGAUCUUUCCAUGCCAUGGUGAACUCUACCGUCCAUGUGAUCAUGUAUUUCUACUAUGGCCUUGCUGCUGCUGGACCACGUUUCCAGAAGUUCUUGUGGUGGAAGAAAUACAUGACUGCCAUUCAGCUGACCCAGUUUGUCCUUGUAUCUCUCCACGCUACCCAGUAUUACUUCAUGGACAGUUGCGACUACCAGUUCCCCAUGAUCCUCCACCUCAUCUGGAUGUACGGAACCUUCUUCUUCGUGCUCUUCUCCAACUUCUGGAUCCAGGCUUACGUUAAGGGUAAGCGGUUGCCAAAACAUGACAUUAAGCAGCAAAAUGGCACUGCUGUCUACGCCAAUGGCAAACACCAAGAGAAUGGCAACAGUAUCAACCACGGAGCCACCAAUGGCUCUACUCGCCACGAGAACGGCAGCUCUCACAUGGGCAAGAUGAAGAAGGCCUAGGAUAUCUGGAAGGAAACGGCCAAAAAGUAUGGCCCAGUGAACCUGUUGAAACUACUACGGAUUCCAAAGAUAAUUUUGGCUGUGUUUCUUUUCUGGUUUUUAGUUUUAUAUGCAAAACAUUGGGAAAUGACUUGGUCAAUGAUUUCCACAGUUGGGGUUCAACAUUUGGUUGGUUGGCUUGUUCGUUUCUUUUGACUUGACACAAUGUAUGAAGAGAUAAUGUUUUUGACCUAAAUGUUAUCUUCACUGAUGUUGCAACAACCUCCUAUUUCAGUUUCACACCACCCCGCCUUGCUUUCACCCUGUUUGCCUUCACCUCACUUAUCUGACCCCCUGUGGACAGAUGACUGUACAGUUUCUAUCAAACUUGAAAAUACUUUUUGUAAAUAGUUUUACAACAUCAAAAAAAAAAAAACUAAUUGUAUUGGUAAGCUUUAGAGUUUCUAAAUUUUGUUACACUGUAUUUAAAAUUUAAAAUCCAAUAAAUUCCAUUUAAAUUAUCUUA